AAUCCUUCCAAAUUGUUUGUGGCUGUUUUAGUUAAAGCCUCAAUUUUUUCUCAAAAUCAUCAUCUUUUCAUUUCUCUCUCAUUUCCUCUCUCUUUUCGGAAGUAGAGAGUAAUGGAGAUGGUGAUUAAUUUCCAAACCCCUACUACUAUCAGUACUAGUUUCUUAGUAAACUCAAACCCUAGGAGAAGCUCUUCUUCUCUGUUAUUAAAAAAACAAAUUUUUGGUCAUAGUUUGUCCACUUCUCUGGAUAGUAAAUUGAAUUUCAACAGAAAUCGUUCCAGGUGUUUAAAUUUUUCGCCCAUUAAAUGCUCUGCUACUCCCACAGCUGAAGAAGUUGCUACUGAGAAAAAGAAGGAAUCCUUAGUUACGAGGACAGACAUAAGGAACAUAGCUAUUGUUGCUCAUGUCGAUCAUGGGAAAACAACUCUGGUUGAUGCUAUGCUGAGACAAGCGAAGGUGUUUCGUGAUAACCAAACUGUACAAAUAAGGAUAAUGGAUUCAAAUGAUCUAGAGCGUGAAAGGGGUAUCACGAUUCUUAGCAAGAACACAUCAAUCACCUAUAAAGGUUCAAAGAUAAACAUCAUUGAUACUCCAGGUCACUCUGACUUUGGUGGUGAAGUGGAACGUGUACUCAAUAUGGUUGAAGGAGUUCUCUUGGUGGUAGAUUCUGUUGAGGGUCCAAUGCCACAAACAAGAUUUGUCUUAAAGAAAGCUCUGGAGUUUGGACAUGCUGUAGUGGUUGUUGUGAAUAAGAUUGACAGACCUUCAGCUCGUCCAGAAUUUGUGGUCAAUUCGACCUUUGAGCUCUUUAUUGAAUUAAAUGCGACCGAUGAACAGUGUGAUUUCCAAGUAAUAUAUGCAAGUGGUAUUAAGGGAAAGGCUGGACUAGCUCCAGAGAAUUUGGGUGAUGAUCUUGGGCCGCUUUUUGAGGCCAUAAUGCGAUGCAUACCAGGACCUCGUAUUAACAAAGAUGGUGCUUUGCAGAUGCUUGUGACAAAUAUUGAAUUUGAAGAGCAUAAAGGACGGAUUGCUAUUGGGCGCUUGCAUGCUGGAGAGUUGCAUAGAGGAAUGGAAGUGAAGGUAUGCACUUCAGAAGAUGAAUGUAGAAUUGCUAAAGUUAGUGAGCUUUUUGUGUAUGAGAACUUCGGCAGAGUUCCUGUGGAGUCUGUCAAAGCUGGCGAUAUUUGUGCCGUCUGUGGGAUCAGUGAUAUCAUGAUUGGGGAAACAAUUGCAGAUAAAAUUGCCGGGCAGCCAUUACCUGCUAUUAAAGUGGAAGAACCGACUGUGAAAAUGGCCUUCUCUAUCAACACAUCACCUUUUGUUGGGCGUGAGGGUAAAUUUGUUACUAGCAGAAACUUGAGAGACAGACUCUAUCGAGAGCUUGAGAGAAAUUUGGCUAUGAAAGUGGAAGAUGGUGAAACGGCAGAUACAUUCAUUGUUAGUGGAAGGGGCACACUACAUAUCACCAUAUUGAUAGAGAACAUGAGAAGAGAAGGAUAUGAGUUCAUGGUAGGACCACCUAAGGUUAUCAACAAAAGAGUGAAUGACAAGCUGUACGAACCUUUUGAGAUUGCUACAGUUGAGGUACCGGAAGAAUACAUGGGACCUGUGGUCGAACUUCUUGGGAAAAGGCGUGGACAAAUGUUUGAUAUGCAAGGCCUUGGGUCGGAGGGUACAUCAUUGGUUAAAUAUAAGAUACCAACUCGUGGUCUUCUUGGAUUGAGAAAUGCAAUCUUAACUGCUUCUCGAGGCACAGCGAUUCUUAACACCAUAUUUGAUAGCUACGAACCAUUUGCUGGGGAGAUAAGCACAAGAGAGCUUGGUUCACUGGUUGCUUUUGAGGGAGGAACUACGACCACAUAUGCUCUUUGUAGUUCACAGGACAGAGGUCAGUUAUUUGUCGGCCCUGGUGUUGAAGUGUAUAAAGGUCAAAUAGUGGGCAUUCAUCAGCGUUCUGGUGACUUGUCCCUUAAUGUGUGCAAGAGGAAGGCUGCAACAAAUGUACGUUCCAACAAGGAUGUUUCAGUUGUUCUUGAUACCGCAAUCGACUACAGUUUGGAUGACUGUAUUGAAUACAUUCAAGAGGAUGAACUGGUGGAAGUCACUCCUGCAAGUAUUCGAAUGCUGAAAAACCCAAAGAUGCCAUUUAAGAAAAGGGGCAACUAAUUUACUAUCAGGGAGACAAACAAAUUCUUGCACAGGAACACUCGAAAUCAUGUUAUAAAUUCAGUGAAAAUUCAAGAUGUGCUUCAACAAGAGGGUAGAUGCAAUCAUUAUUAGCAGAUGCAAUCAUUAUUCGUUCGAAUUCUCUUCCUGAUGCAAAAAAUAGCUCUUAGAUGGAUCCUCCCGUAUAGAAAUAGUGGAUAUGGAAUUCAUUACCAUAUACUAUAAAUGUACACAUGCAAGGGAGUCAGUUUUGCAGUCCCAGAUUAACGGUAUAUUAGUUUCUAAUUUUGUUGUAUCCAGAAUCAUCAGUAAAAUUGUUCUACUACUAUGGCAGCCCACAGUAAAAUAAAAUAUCUUUACCCUUUGUGUCCAUGAGACACUUAUUUUGCAAUGGAAA